AUGCGAAAAAGAACUGAACAGAAGGCUCUAAGCCAGCUCGACAUGAGGGUGCUUCACGUCAGCAAGGAAAUUUUGCUUUGUGACACAAGCCGGCGAUAUGAGAACAAGGCUGGCACAUUCAUUACAGGCAUUGAUGUUACCUCAAAGGAAGCAGUGGAGAGGAAGGAACAGCGAGCAAGGAGAUUCCAUUUCCGGGCUGAGGUGAACCUCACUCAGCGCAAGGUGGUGUUGGACAAGGAAAUCUUGAAGGAAGCCAUUCCCAAGGUUCGCCUGGAGGCCCUUCAUGUGACUGGGGUUGAUGAGAUGAGCACUGAAGAGAUCUUUGCCUAUUUUAAGGAAUAUCCUCCAUCCAGCAUUGAAUGGAUUGAUGAUUCCUCCUGUAACGUAGUAUGGCUGGAUGACGUCACAGCUGCACGCGCCAUGAUAAAUCUGAGUGUUGGUUUAGAUGCAAAUACCAGUGCCCAGUCUCAGGCUGCAGUCAGAGGCAAACUCAACUCUAUAAAGCAAGAUAGCGCUAGUGAGCAGGAGACGGCUGAGAGGGCUGACAAUGAAGAGGAGGAAGAAGAGGGCGAGUUGGAGAAGGAGCCUAGAGACUCUGAGGAGGUGGAAUGCAAGGCCACCACGACAGACAGUGAGUUGGACACACUGUCACAGGCUGAACAAGCUUCGAUCCUUCGAAAUGAUUUGCGGCAGGCAAUAAGGGCCCCCCAGGGAAACAAACUGCAACUCCGAUUUGCCACAAAAGAUGAUCGGAAGGAAUUGGGAGCAGCGAGACGGAGUCAGUAUUACAUGAAAUAUGGGAAUCCAAAUUACGGUGGGAUGAAGGGGAUCCUAUCGAAUUCCUGGAAGCGACGGUAUCAUGCCCGGCGGAUUCAGAGAGACAUUUUGAAGAGGAAAUCCUUCCUGCCUGAUGAUGUGGGACUGACAACACGUUAUAAACACCAUCACUCUGGUCUGGGGAAUGUUCCUGAGGAACCAAUUCAGGAGGAGGAUGAAGAGGAGGAUGAUACAGAGCAGGAGAUGGAGGCAGAUGACCGUGUGGUGGUGGAAUAUCGCAACGAGAGUCACACUGGUGGACACUUCAGUCCCCGGGGCUCGGAUUCUGAUGAGAUGGACUAUGAUCUGGAGCUGAAGAUGAUCUCAAUGCCAUCACCCAAGAAGAGUCUCAAGAUGACAAUGUAUGCAGAUGAAGUGGAGGCUCGGCUGAAGACUAUUCGGAACUCGAUAAAGCCAGAGGCAAGCAUGACGAUUGUAUCGAGCAAUCUGAGGAACCGCAUUGGAGCCAGGCUGUCGACAGAGAAGGUGUCAGAUGUGCGGUUGCUGCUGGAGGAGAAACGGCAGCUCGCAGAGAGGCAGCAACCAGCUGGAGGUGGUGGCAGCAGCACCUCAGUCACUGGCACUGGUAUCAGGCAGCGACUGGGGAAGAGGCCACACUCCCCACAACCUAGCAGCAUCUCUGUCACCCGCAGGGAGCCGCACACAGAUGUUCACAGCAGGCUGGGCUUCCCCAAGCACGAUAGCAGGAGCUACACACCUGAUAAGAGCAAGAAGAGCGGGAGCUUAUGGAACCGCCUUGGCAAACCCCCAGGGAAGAGUGAGAAGAUCGUGGAGAAAGAGGCAGAGAAAGAGCCAGCCGCAGAGAAAGAGGAGGAAGAAGUGGUGGUGAAAGAAGAAAAGGAUGAGGAUGACGACACUGAGCUCCAACGUGCAUGGGGUGCUCUGAUCAGAGAAAAGGAGCGAUCACACAAGAAGAGUCGAUUAGACAACCUCCCCUCGCUGCAGAUUGAAAUUAGUCGGGAGAGCUCCACCUCAGACAGUGAAUCUUGACCUCUCAAAGCCCUGGCCAUGAACUCUGACCCACCGCAGAGAGAAAUGGCUGCUCACUGGGCACACAUACACAGUUGGCCAGGUCCUGAGCUGAAAACAGACACUUGUAUUUGGAACAAACUCACCCUGAAAUGUUACGUUUACCUUCCAAGCUGAAUUAAAUUUAACCUUGAA